GGAGCGCGAGGCGGAGCGCGAGGCCAGGAAGGUCAGCAGGAGCAUCGACCGCAUGCUUCGCGAGCACAGGCGCGACCUGCAGCAGACGCACCGGCUCCUGCUGCUGGUGGUGAAAUGAACAGAAACACAGAUAUUUGCUGCAUCACUAUAAGGAGAGAAAAGUGUUCCCGGAUUCCUGUUUUAGUGAGUUUUAUGUUACCAAUCAGUAUUGCAAGCUAAAAACACGCACUUUGAAGGCAAAUUGUUUCCUUGGGAGCCUACUGAUGAAGGACCGCUUCCUCUCUGGGGAGAAAUCGUAAGAUUUUCCUCACCUGAAGGGUGUUCUUUCUCCCUACCUGGCCCGACCCCCCUUUCAAGACACGCCUGGGGUCCCUCCUGUUUGGUGAAGCUUUUGUGGAUCCUGUGGACCCUCCCAUCCCCCCAGGGGCUCUACGACACCUUCCAGCCCUGAGUUCCUGCGUAUCGUCACUUGUCCUCUGAAGGAUGAGAGUGUGCUAGUCUUAUGUCCCCACCUGCUCCAGAAGGUAAAAAAUUGGCCUCAGCGUCUUCUUAUCCUGUUCAUGGUACAUCUCUGCGGAUGAUGUAGGAAGAGAUAAACAUGAGCUCAAUGCCACGAAUCUACGUUGUAUAGAUACAAAACUGGAUUCUCUUAGCUGUCUUGCCUUACAGCACGGUUUACUGGAUUUGCUUAAAUUAUGAGAACAGUUGUGAGGUAGGUAGGCAUUGCUCAAGUCCAACCCUACAUCAGUGUGUUAAAACAAGGAUUCAUGGCACCCUGGCUCCUGAAGCUCUCACAUCGCACAGGGGCGCUUCACUGACCCGGAGAGAACAUGGCAGCGGGGAGGAGAAGCCGUCGCUCGACCCACGCGUACCCACGCCUCCCUAUUGCUUUUUGGGCGAAUACCUAACUCUGCCUGACGUCCCUCCAAGCGGCCAGGCAUGGGGUGUUUGGGCAACAGCAAGACUGCAGAAGACCAGGGCGUCGAUGAAAAAGAACGGCGCGAGGCCAACAAGAAGAUCGAGAAGCAGUUGCAGAAGGAGCGGCUGGCGUACAAGGCGACCCACCGGCUGCUGCUACUGGGGGCUGGUGAGUCUGGGAAGAGCACUAUCGUCAAACAGAUGAGGAUCCUGCACGUCAAUGGAUUUAAUCCCGAGGAAAAGAAACAGAAAAUUCUGGACAUCCGGAAAAAUGUUAAAGAUGCUAUUGUGACAAUUGUUUCAGCGAUGAGUACUAUCAUACCUCCAGUUCCGCUGGCCAACCCAGAAAACCAAUUUCGAUCAGACUAUAUCAAGAGUAUAGCUCCUAUCACCGACUUUGAAUAUUCCCAGGAGUUCUUCGACCAUGUGAAGAAGCUCUGGGAUGAUGAAGGCGUGAAGGCGUGCUUUGAGAGGUCCAACGAGUACCAGCUGAUUGACUGCGCACAAUACUUCCUGGAGAGAAUCGACAGUGUCAGUUUGGUGGACUACACACCCACAGACCAGGACCUUCUCAGAUGCAGAGUACUGACAUCAGGGAUUUUUGAGACCCGAUUCCAAGUGGACAAAGUAAACUUUCACAUGUUUGAUGUCGGAGGCCAGAGGGAUGAAAGAAGAAAAUGGAUCCAGUGCUUUAACGACGUCACAGCUAUCAUUUAUGUCGCAGCCUGCAGCAGCUACAACAUGGUGAUUCGGGAAGAUAACAACACCAACAGGCUCAGAGAGUCCCUGGACCUUUUCGAAAGCAUCUGGAACAACAGGUGGUUACGGACCAUUUCUAUCAUCUUGUUCUUGAACAAACAGGAUAUGCUGGCAGAAAAAGUCUUGGCAGGGAAAUCAAAAAUUGAAGAUUAUUUCCCAGAGUAUGCAAAUUAUACUGUUCCUGAAGAUGCAACACCAGAUGCAGGAGAAGAUCCCAAAGUUACCCGAGCUAAAUUCUUUAUCCGAGACCUAUUUUUGAGGAUCAGCACAGCAACAGGGGAUGGCAAACAUUACUGCUAUCCACACUUCACCUGCGCCGUGGACACCGAGAACAUUCGCAGGGUGUUCAACGACUGCCGUGACAUCAUCCAGAGGAUGCACCUCAAACAGUACGAACUCUUGUGAGGCAGCCCUGGAGGAGGUGGGCGCGCCUUCUCACACCUCUCUCCGCCUGCCUCUCCUCCCUUGGCCACCCUGCCAGGUGGAACAUUUAUUUCAGGACCAUCUGUCAGCCCCAAGCCAUGGUAGGGAGCUCCCAGUUUCAUCCGGCUGCCACCUGUCCUGUUUUCUGUUGGCUCCUGUGUGACCACCAAGCCGCUGGCUACCUCUGUUCCCCUCAGGUUUGGUUUGUAGCUUUUGUUUUCACUGAGCACAAUCUUCUGCAGCCCCACGCCCACCAAUUUGUGUCACUGCAAACCACCACACUCUCUCACAUGGGUGGUACCUCAGUGGUCUCUCUGGGUGGGGGCCCCUUUUCUUCAUCCAUUCAGUGCUUUAGUAAUCCAGCAGGAACUUGAUAAAUGGGGGAGAAAUGGCACAUUUUUCUGAAUUACCAAGCAUGAUCGUAGAGGCAGGGGUACAGGGGGUAAGCCACAUGCUUGGCGCUGCUAGCUUUAUGAAGCUGCGGGCGGACAAGUGGCCGCCCCUUCUGAGCUGCAUUGGCCCAAGAGCUGGGAUAGACCUCAAGUCACAGAGUGGAGAGAAACCCUUUCUCAGUCCUAUUUGAGUCGCUGCCAACUUCACACAUCAAAUUAGACCUACUUUGAGCCUUUUACAUUUAGGCAGAAACCUACCACAUGCACCUCUGCAAAGUGUGUCCUGUCUAAAAAUGAUCCUUUAGACUUUGACUAUGCUUGGACAAGAGUCUCCUUCCAUAUAUUGUUUUUUUGCUGGUUUAUUAUAACUGUACAGACCACAAGAUGUAAUAUUAUUUUAUAUAACUACUUAAAAAAAUUCUUGUAGAUCUUUGUGCCUUGAUUAUGGCUAUAUCUGUAAAAGUAAUGUGUUUAUUGUGCUGAACAGCUAAAUGUCAACAUUACCUGCUGCUUGCUCUAAAAAAGAGAAUGGUAUCUGUAGAAUUUAGGAUAUUUUAUCAGGUUAGUACUUUUGAAAAUAUCCUUGAUUAAAUACACACACACACACACACACACGUAUAUAUAUAAAUUAUACGCAUUAAUCAUUCACAUCUUACAAAUAAUUUGUACCCACAUCACAAGCUUCUUUCAGAAACCAAGGAUUUUUUUCCUCUUGACAAUAUGUCUUUUGAUUAUUUUGCAAUCUAAAGACUUUCACAAGCCCUCUGAGGGGAAACAGGUCAACCAUCCCCUUAGUCAGAGCUUUUGAAUCACUCACUUGACCGCAGUUUCCAUUGUAAACAAACAGCAAGAAGACAGACGGGUGUCGGUGUUUGGCCCAAGAGAAUCAAAGGACGGCAUCUCCAUUUGCCUUUUGAAGAAGAAAUAUUACAAAACCUUUAUUUGAAAUGCAAAGUCAAAAUACACUGCUGUUUUUCCCAUGUGAAAGAUUUCCAAGUGCAGCCUGAAAAGUUAUAGUAUGGUACGACAUCUAGAAAGUGAGAAUCACUACAGCAGCGAUGCUUCAUAUUCUAUACACAGCCACGGCUUCGAGGGUAGUUUUCUUAGGUCCAGGACAAUCUGCAAAGAUGUCCAAAGUUAUAGUUCAACAAUAGGAAUCCAGAAGUGACAGCCUGGCUGAUGCUACUUCAUUUCCUUUUAGUCUUUACUAUUUUAAAGUUUACUCUAUAAGGCAGCAUUUUAUAAUCCUUCAUAAAUGCAUCCAGAUUUAAAUAUGACUUUUCCAAGAAAGAAAGGAUGACAGCUUUAUAGAUGAUUGGUGUGAUAAACACAUGAUUUAUGUCAGAAUCACUAAAUUCCUGUGCCUCUCAUCCCUGCUGCAUAAAGCUCUGAUUUGAAAUGA